GGCUUCAAGCGGCGCUGCACGUGUGGGCCAGCGUUGCUGUGCGGCAGAGCGGAACCACUCCGGGAACCUCGUGGUUGCUCCGUUUGGGACGCCGGCGGGAGUCGUGCAGCAGUGGAGACGCGUGGAAAGCGAUGACGCCUGUGGGCUGCGGUGCUAGGAGGCCCGAGUGAGCCCAGUCGAGGCUGAGAGAAGAGAGAUCGGGACUCGUUGUCAGUAUUAAGUACACUAUGAUGGUGGCCUGGACGCGCUUCGUGGUGUUUCGGGAGGUGUGCUUGGCGGCCAUUUUGGUGGCGGCAGCAGCAGCAAUCUUGGUGGCCCCACUAGCCUCCGCGUCGGAUCUUCCUGCUGAGCCGGUUGGCAGCGGAGAGUACUCGGAGGCAGACAAUGGGGACUACGCCGAGGAAGAUUCUAAGGAUCCCAGCAUCUUUGGCUCGGACUACGACGAAGGAAGCGGAGAUUUCGACAACCUGCCACCAAUUCCACCACCCCUGAUACCUUAUGGAAUCAUGGCGAAAGCAGCUGAGGCUACAGAAACCUACGAAGCCACGACUCCAGAAACGCACUAUGUCGACAGGACGUCUGCAAAAACGGAAUUUGACGUGAUUUCAGAGCUGGACAUGUGCUACUGUACUGCCAACUCCACUAUUGCCCGGGGUCCUGCUGGCCAGGAUGGCAAAGAUGGUCCUCCCGGCUUGCAAGGUCCUCCUGGUCCGAUGGGUUUGCAGGGUCCACCCGGACCGCAAGGGCCACAAGGACCACAGGGCGUUCCCGGACAACAGGGUCCACCAGGACAGCCCGGAAUAGAUGGUUUGCCAGGAAUACCCGGACCCAGGGGUUUGCCAGGUCCCCCUGGACAGCCCGGUCCUUCGGCUCCGAGAAUAUUUGAGCUGGACAACGGCUACACGUCAGGACUGUUCAGCGGUGCAGGCCCGUUCAAUGGCAGACCCGGCCCGGGAGGACCGCAGGGCUUGCCGGGACCUAGGGGUCACCAGGGUCCAAAGGGUGAUCAAGGGCCUCCUGGACCAAGAGGACGAGACGGGCAUCAGGGCUCAACUGGUCCACGCGGGGAACAGGGCCUGGCGGGCUUACCUGGUCUGCCCGGACCGAGAGGACCCAUGGGACCAGAAGGACCGCAGGGACCGAAGGGUGAGCCUGGAGUGGGCCUGCCAGGACCUCCGGGUCCACCAGGUAGUGUGUAUGCCGUGCCACGGGACAGUGACCUCGAGUUUGGCAGCAGCAGCCUCUCGUACCUUCCUGGACCAAAGGGCGAUAAAGGAGACAGGGGAUUUACUGGACCGCAGGGACCGCAGGGAAGAAUGGGCCCCAAGGGUGAGCCUGGGCUGGACGGCAUCCCCGGUGCGCCUGGAUCUAAAGGAGAUCGCGGUGAACCGGGCCUCAUCAAUUACCAGGAAUUUGAAGGGAAAACUGUCAUUUUAGAGAAGGGCGAGAAAGGCGAACGCGGCCGCCGAGGACGCAGGGGCCCGCCUGGACCUCCGGGAGCCCUCGUCGACGAGCACGGAAGAAUGGUUGCCGAGGGACCGCCUGGACCCAAAGGAGAGCCCGGAGAAUCUGUGAAAGGAAGCAAGGGCGAGCCGGGUCAGCCGGGACCACCGGGGCUGGGCACAUUCCUGGGAGCGGAUGGCCUUACAUACGCGACAAGGAACGAGCGUGGUGAACCUGGACCACGUGGGCCUCCAGGAGAGCGAGGACCCAUGGGAUUCCCGGGGCUCAAGGGCGAGAGAGGUGACAGCGGGCCGCCUGGACCUCCAGGUUAUGGAUCAGGCCGCGGAGAAAAGGGAGAACAGGGACCCCCGGGACCACCCGGACCCCCUGGGUUGAGCCAUUGGUCCGACACUUCUAACACGAUCAACACGAGAGGGGGACAGAUCGUUCCUGGACCUCCAGGACCUCCAGGCCCUCCGGGACCGCCUGGUCCUGCCUAUAUGCCGCCCAAGAACACCGUCCCUCCGCCCUCCAUCGUCCCAGGGGCGGUGACGUUCAAGAACAUGGAGUCGCUACUGCGCAUGUCCGACAUCAGCCCCCUGGGAACACAGGCGUUUGUGCUCGACGAGGAGGCACUACUCGUCCGUGUCAGCAGUGGCUGGCAAUACGUGGCUCUCGGAUCUCUGGUACAGCUACCCAAGAAGACGACAACGACUACGUCAACAGCAUCGCCACUGUUGCCACCAGAUAGUCUGCGACUCGACGGAUCUGCACCAAAGCUUCGCGUGGCAGCACUGAACCAACCGUGGACGGGCGACCUCCACGGGGUGCGGGGCGCCGACUACGAGUGCUACCGCCAGUCCCGGCAGGCGCACUUGCGGGGGACAUUCCGCGCCCUGCUGGCAUCGCGUGUUCAGAACCUGGACAGUAUCGUUCGAGCCAAGGACGCCGACCUGCCGCUGGUCAAUCUCAAGGGUGAAGUGGUGUUCAACUCUUGGCGAGAACUCUUUUCCGGUGGUGGUGGCAUGUUCCCUUACCCACCGAGGAUCUACUCAUUCGAUGGCCGCAACGUCCUGACCGACAGUACUUGGCACCGCAAGAUGGUAUGGCAUGGCGCUGACGUGCUGGGAUCCCGUGACAUGGAGAACUAUUGCGACGCAUGGCACUCGGGCGCGCCCGCCCGAUAUGGUCUCGCCUCCUCUCUUUUGGGAUCGCAGGCGCGACUGCUUGGUCAGGAACGCCACUCGUGCGCCAGCAGCUUCGUGGUGCUGUGCGUUGAAGUCACCAGCCAGCAGCACGACCAAAUGGAACAGCAGCACGGAAGGCGACGCAAGCGCCACUCGGGCGGUGGCGGCGAAGAAGGCAACCGCUCACUGUCUCUCACAUCCCACGAACCGGUCGUGGCGGCAAGCGACAGUUCGGAAAAGAAGCAAUCAGCACUGCGGUCUACUUGGGAGGAAUGGUGGAAGUCUCUGUGGCACUGAGGACGGAACAGCGAGGAUCGAAAGAUUACGAUGAAUGAUAAGGUCACGUCUUCAUCCAAUGCACAGCAGCAUGAACGGUCGUCUUUAUUUCCUGUUUUUUUUGUCUUCUUUCUUUCUUUCUUUCUGUCUCCACUAGAUAGAUAUGUCUCCAGAGGAGUCACAAUGAUUUAAUUCUGCCGCGAAAUAUCGAUGACAAGUUGGACAGACGAUUACAAAGUGGGUGUUGGAUAAAUUGUGCAGUUGGAUCAGAAAACACUGCGUACACAGCUUUCAAGCAGCGAAUUACGCCGUUAGUUUUCUCCCGAAGAGAGCUCAACCUUGCGAUGUGAGCAAUCUCUUACGGUAUAGGACUAAAGCUUCAUAUUGGGAUAUAACUAAAUGUCUAGAAGCCGGCGAGCACGUAACGGGAUACUGGGGCGAGUAAGUGUGUCAACAAAACGGAUCAUUGUAACGCAGCAUGAUUUAGUCUAAGGGUUUCAUGGCCAGAUUGUCGAAGAGUGUGUGCGCCAAUGAUUUCAUUUAAGUGCUAAAGAUUGGACUUUCCCGGACCCACAAACCGGGAGCCGGAUUCACAAAAACAUUCUUACGCUAAAACUGUUCGUAGAAGCCGGUGUCAGCCAAUCGUGGUGUUGGACAUAUCAUUAGCGAAGGUGGCUGUCGAAUGGCAAGCAGCACUUACGAACGAAAAGCUUUGUGAAUUCGGCCCCUGGUGCCAAAAGCCUAAAACUGGACUACAGAAAAUGCGGAAGCAUUCAGCGUGACCGGUGUACCUUUGCUGCGUAAUUUUUUCGCCAAACAGGCCGACUCUAAAUAUCGACGAGCAGGUGACAGUUUUGUUGGCUGCUGGUUGAUCGCCUUCGUGGGUUUACGCAUCGCUUGUGAACUGUUGGGUUUGGCGUUGGCUACAGGUUCCAUCCCACUGCUGUCAAGCGCCAGUCGUUGCGACUUGUGUCCGAGCGGUCAUUACGAGUUUACUUGGCUAAUUAUGUGUCAGAUGCCGGGCAAUCAAGAGGUCCGGGGCAACGUCCAAGAGAUGCAAAGAAGGGUUUAUUUACAACAUUUACAGUUUGAGAGUUUCUAUGAACGAGCACACCUUCACAACACUGAAGGUCCGCUUUUUAAGCACUUCAUUUUCCCCCUGUCUCUCGUCGGGGAAAUUCACUGUUGUUGCUCUCGGCCAUUAACAAUCGUCAACCUAUUGGCAAAAUCCCUCCCCCAGUGACGCACCACACCGCCAUUCUCCGCCUCUGGUGUCCAAGCUUCAGCCCGCUCUCCAAGCAAUGCAAGUGCAAUAUAUGGGAAGCUUGUGUCCCCGCUCUUCCGUCGAAGUCGUCAGCGUAGGCUUUUUGGUGCAAUUGGCCGGUGGUACAAUGCCGAAGACCUCUUCACAGUUUGGGGUCCUUCACAAAACCAGGCUUGUUCAUCAGCUCAGACAAAUACCCGACACAGAAUGACUUGUCAAUCGUCUUGAAGGGACGCCGGGUUCGUCGCCAGCUCCUUUGCAUUGAAAAGACGAUGCAGCGUGAAUAGCGAUUCAUAGCUGCACGCUCGCUGGUAUGCAUACUUCGUCCACUAGGUUCGACAGGUUCAACAGCAUUGCGUAACUCCAGGUAUGCCGGUGAAGCAUUCUUUGUCGAGAAGGUCGCCGGGCACAACAGUGCUAAACGCCAAUCGUAACAGAGCUGAGAAGCAAUCAGUAUGUAGGUGUGACACUGUAUUCUCCAGUUCAUUUCUGUGGCUAUGUUGAAUGAUACAUACUCGAAGCAUUCGCUCCAGUGGCCAUACGUGCUUCCUUACAUUUAUUUCACUCAGGUCUGGCAAUGCCAGGCCCACAAAGAGCACAAGGAAAGUAGUUUAAAAAACUGCGAAUGCUUUCUCUCUGCUGGCCAUUUUUCAUACUUUCUUAUAUAACGGAAAACACAAAAAUUCGUUUUAUGAGCGCUGUAUCCAGAGGAUGCAUCAUGCAGAUGUUACUACAGCUGCGUGUAUUGAAGCUAUGUCCAAUGAAAUGAGCGAUGCUCAAAGUGCCAGUGCACAUCGUAGCGAAACUCUUAUGAGUAUGAUCCACGUCUAGUCUCAUGUGUGCUGUUUUCGGCUACGUGUGACACGCUGCGAAUGUUUGGCAAUUGUCGGAAGUUACUAGGUAAAACAAAACUUCGAGGAAUUUUCCGGUCACUUCACAUGAUUUGUUGUGACAUACACCGGGGCGUGAAGUUACCGCUCGACAUGAGUCGGCUCGUCUUGAAUCCGUUCGAAUGAUACGAGCUGCCCACGAAAGUUGCAGAAACGCAGAAACAACGAGAAAGAAAACAAAAUUUAAUGUGGCCUCUUGCGCUCAGCACGAAAAUGGGACGUGUACUGCGCAUCCUUUGUUUACACAGUCCUGCCACUAAAAUUUUCUCUCAGCGUCAUUAUGAUGCGCAGACAAUUUCUGCGCGUAGCUGCAGGUUUGUUUACUAUUGUGCUGUGCCACAUAAAGCGGCUUUACUGACGCCCAUUUAGCUGCACGUGAGCACGUUCCAGGGUAGUGGUCAUCGCAUUCUUUGGCCGAAUUCACGUCUUGAUUUUUCUCUUGGACAAAAUGCCAACAUCAUUGCGCCAUACGUUCUGCGAAACUUUGUUUGCGUACCUAAUUUAGCGAAAUGCAGGUUUAUUUCCUACUAUGAGCUGUUUUGUCUCUGAUCUUACUGAGUUCACGAUAGCGUCACAUUUAAGUAGGUUUAAGUGUUCACCAAAUUUAAAAUAUAGGUUAAUAAGAAAAGACUUCUCACCGUACCAGUUGUACUCGCAGGAAGCCCCUAUAUCUGAAGUUAAAGCAUGUCAGUGAGUUGUUUUGUUUUUUGCUUGCUUUAACACACUGUACAUUGCCGCUGUGUGAAGCCGUUGAGCAUUGUCGGAAUCUGCAGAGCAAGUUUGCACGGUUGUCGCACCAAUUGAAAUUAACAUUACCUGCAGUCCAAGCGAUUGGAGCUUACUGUAGAUUGCAGUAUUACAUUUUCAUAUUACCUACUUGUCUGCACAAGACAAAUGACAAGGCUUGCACACGUCCAUUCACUCUCACAGAUAGCAUGAUGUAGCAGGCAUCCAAUAGGUCACAGGUCGAAAUGUGUACGUUGUCAAUGUUUUCCUGUUUCUUAUUCGAUGCAGCUCGUGUAUUUCAUUCAUCUUGCACCGCUUAGUGCGUAGAUGGAAGCCGGAGUUUAUGGUUCACUUGAGAUUUCACGAUUCCCUGAAAAUGCACCACACUGGUGUGCAGUUUGUGUGUAUGAGGCUUGCGUGAUUGAUGGGUCAUAUAAAACUCAGUUCUUUUUUCAUAUCCUUAAUGUAAUUAUAGCACCUUCAUCAGUGGAGACGCAAGCACUGUUCGUGUUAGGAAAAAGUUAUAUCUAUACAUAUACCCUCGUUUCGCGUUGCCUUCUUUUCUUCCCUGUGUUGCACCACAUGUCACGAGACAUCGUAUUUCUAGUGCACAAAACCGCGUGUCCUUUCUUGGAACUCACUGAAACCUUUUUGGAUUAUGCCCAAGACCUGAGGUGAUGAUCACUGUUUGCUGUAAAGAUCUAAACAGCUCAAAAGCUUUCUCGUUCUGCUUUAUCUGAAAAUAGCCAUCCGUCAAAUAUCUUUAGCAGCUGGGACAGAUUAUGUGCUCUGUGUUUGUGUGUGUGGUUGCUAUGAGAUGUCAGUAUUUUGUGUCAGAAUGCCGGAGGAGGAGACUAGUACGUGCCACUUCGACGUAUUCUGGUUAAGGUGCUCUUCGUGAUAUGAUAACAAUCAUCUCGCAGGACUGAAAAUCCGUGUGAUCUAGUCUUUCAUACCUGUGCAAAUUUCUGACCACUCUUUUGUAGUUUGCCAUCAGCUGUCUGCCAGUGUGUUAAUAUCAGAUGGAGUAGAAAAACGUGAACACGGUUGGCCAAAAGAAGUAUUAUCAGCGGUUGGGGGCGAAGGGAAGCGCCGCUACAGACCCGCUACGGCGAAAUUUUCUUUACUGGUGUUGCAAAGUGUCAAUUUUCUUUUUCUAUCGCAAAAAAAUUUUACUCAACCAGAAGACGCUCAUUGUUUUCCUUUCUGUAAUAAACUUUAUUACUCGAAAUUAUUACGUAUAGUUUUCACAACUACAUUUGCAACGAGUCUUUGUUGUCGCGAUGUCGAUAAGAAGUUAUAUUGCCAAGAAAAGAAAAGGAAACUUUCCUCUAAAUUCGGAUAUUAACUUUCCAAUCACGCAUUGUUAUGCUAAAUUACAUGAACAGGGAAAAACAAAGUCCUCCUUGCUUUUUAGCCGAGGCUUGCAUGUACGAUCGUAUUGCUGCUGAAAUUUCAGACGUCAGUCAGUCAACUGCAUCAAUUCGCCCAAAUUUUCCGACUUUAGUUAGAUACUAACAUGAGAUAUAUAAGCAUAAAGCUUUCGGAGCCAAAUAUUAUUCUUUCGGGAUUUUAAAAGGUCACAUACGAAACAAAAGCAGUUAGUGGUAUAAGUGGCAGCAAAGCGAACAUGACAAUGCUGGUAUCACCAAUAAUACAUAUCGCAACAAAAAAAUUAAGCUGGGUGACAUGGAGAUGUAGCUACAAAUGAAAUGGAGGUUUUCAUUGUUUAUCUAAUAGAAUGUGUGACUAUAGCGACUAAGUAUUUUGUGUUCGUAUUGUUACAUAGGCAAAACCAGUGUGUCCAUAGAAAAAAAGAGCGAUGCCGCCUUUAUCUCUUUCGUCAUCUUGCUGUCGUGCUUGCAAUGAACGAAAGCAAGAAAUAAGAAGUUCAAUCCGCAGACCUAUUUUAUCAUUGGCUAAUGGCUGCUUUAGAUACCUCUCAUAGCAUUUGUCGAAGCUAUGAGGGAAUUUUAUUCAGCGAACAAGACUCGUACUCACAAUACUUGUCGUUCGUAAGUGCCGUCCACCAUUCGCCAUCGCUGUAUAGAUAGUCUUGUCAUCACGCGGACCCCUAUUAUGAGUGAAAGGCGCACUAACGCCGGCCAAUGAGGUGACGAUCUUACGUAAGAGAAUUUUCGUGAAUCGAGAUCAGCUUUGUUUCGUGUUUCUCUGGUGAACUUCUUAAUAAAAUGCAGAAAGCUCAUUACUGAAGUAGCAAUGUCGGUAAGAAGUAAGUUUUGUAGCUAUUGCCACAAUUGUUGAACUAGUAAGGAAUUUGAAAGUGAGAAAAGUAGUAAAUAUUAUCUUGAAUGCGUUUGCUAUAAAACAUGCGCACAUUGCUAAUGCGUACUGCCUAUAUGAAGCUUUCUUUACACUACUUUCGAGUAACUAUCCACUACGAAACAGAGAAAUCUCGCGUUAUGAAAACUAUGGCCGAAUAAGUUUUACGCAAGGAUUCAUGGAGCCGUCACCUAAGGAAUGAAUUUUUUACUCCAAAAUAUUUCCUAGUGAUUCAAUGAAAGGAGUAGAAAAUAAUCUUUGAUAAUAAAGUUUCAAUCUGUGGUCGUCGUCAGUGGAGUAACAACUAUUCAUUUCCGCUAAGAGGUUAGACUUGAAGAGGCGAAAACAUAUAUUUCGGAACACAUGCCAUAAUUCUGCAGGGUAACUGCAUUCAAGUCUUUAGUACAGCAGCAGUUGUUGACAUGAAAACCAGUACAUAUCAAUGGCAGAACUUGACAAGUGUGGGGAUCACGUAUCGCAAAACGUAAUUUUUUUGCAUUCACAAAGCUGUUUUAUAUACUCAGACAGGUAUGGUGAAAUGACACGCUCUGCUGCACUUCUAAAUUUUAUAGACGUACAGGGCCUGUAUUUACACCAUUGGACUGAAAACUUACCGAAGUACAUAAAGCAAUGUGACCACUGUACAUAAAUAAAAAUUGGCGGCUCUGAUGUUCCACAACAGUGCGCUUUUUCUUUAGUUUAAGGUGUGGGCAGGCCUUGUUUUUACUAUAGACGAGAUGGCAAACAAGAAAGGAAAUGUGCUGCAAUUAUUUUUCGUUAUUUGUACUCGUCUUGUGUUCAAGUACAGACGGAGUGGUAGUUCCUGCUGGAGGUCCGGAAAAGGCGUAGCCAUUCGAAAUGUAAAAAAAAAUUGUUUCUACGAAGAAACUGUGAUAGAGCGUUUCAGAGAGCCAUUAGAGAGAAAUUGCAGCUUAGUUCAUUCUUGUGAGAGAGUCCUGCUAAAUGAGAAAUAAGUGGGCUCUUGCGGCAGGUAGUUGAAGCGCAGUUCUUAAUUGCAGUAAAUACUUCCAAGGAAACCGCACAUCAGAUGUUCUAGUAAGCGUGCCAAGAAAUAGGAGAAGAGCAACGUCCAGGAAGGGAUUGUUUCUCUUCUCUCGAAAUGGCAUGCACUAAUCAAACUGCACCCAUAAUGCAGAAAAACGCAUGUUUCCGCUAAGUCCCAAGGUUAUGGAACGUCUAUGAGACAGGUUAUCGCCCGCCCACGUUGUUCUCUAUUGUUGCACUAACAGCUGCUUGACCCGCAUAGCAGAAACAUUCUGCAUGAUUUGACUCUGGCUUAAACAUUCAUUUCUGCUCAAAUAACGCAAACACAAGCUUUUUUUUAGUUACGUUUUUUCAUGGCGUUUAUUUACGUCAAGUUUAAAAGUGAUGUGAGCAUUGCAUGUUUCUAAACCGCUUUACAGUUGGUGUGCCAAAAAAGUCAACACAUGUUCUGCGAAUUACAAAAUCCAGCAGUGACCUUGUUUCAAUUGUGGUCCUCUAUAUGUGUUCACUGACAACGCGUAUUUAGAAUUAUUUGGAAUGAUUCAGUCUUGUGCAGGCAUGCUCAAAACUCUUCGUCUAACUCCGCAUCUUCACAAAGCUUUAGCGAACAGAAGGCUACAGAUCGGAUAAGAGAACGAAUCAUUAAUUACUACAUUAGUGACGUUGCAGUCCGUAUGAGCCUAUUCUGUUGGCAAUGAAGGGUGCGAAAGUGUUUCUAAUAGAGCGCAUCACUUUUUCCACAGCAAAUGUGCUGCUAAGAUCGAAUUAGGUAGGUUUCUGCAUAUGUCAAAAAAACUAUCUGGACCAAACAUUUUUUAACGACCUAGCGGUUAAUUUAACUUGUAAAUGAGAACGGCGGCACUGGCAGUAAUAAGGCUACUACGGCGCGCGUCUACCACAAGUUUUUUGGCGUAUUACAAAGUAAAAAACUUUGAUCUCUUUACAACUUACCUCUUCAUAUCGUGUAAUAGUUGUUUCACACGAUUACUUCUGAAGAGUAAGGAAGAGGCUACGCUGAGAAGCCGUUUUCGCGGCCGCAGAAUGUCGUUUGUGAGAUUAAGAAACCGUUCAGUUGACUGCUCUAUGCAGACAGCUGAUUAAAAUAUACCUCCAAAGCGAAGGCAAAGGUAGCGAGAUAAAACAAAAUUCAGCUUAUUUUGGCCAAUAAGAUAUGACUGCCCUAAUAAAUCUUCAGAAAUGUUAACACCUGCUGUUAUCGUUUACCCAAUAUACGUUACCAUAUCUGAGCAAAAUUAUUUGAACAUUAACCUAUGCUUUAUGCAUUCAGCGAAAAAAAAUCUAAUUCAAUGAUUGAGUAGUAGAAGGGACAAUAUACGUAGAUUGGCAUGCCUCUUAUGAUUACCAAUAUUGUGUUAUAUCGAGUUUGUUUGCUGUAAUUCGCUUGAAAGCAGCGUACAAGCCUGCUGUGACCAAAUAAUUCCAAUCUGUUUUAUGAGAGUCUAUAUCGAAACCACAGGAAGGCUCAAGCAAUGAAGCCAGCCAAAUUGUUUCAACUGUCAUAAAAUUGCGCAUUUUUAUGCGAAGAGAUAUCAAUACAACUUAACAUAUAUUGUUUCUUGCCACCAUGCAGCUGACAUAGCUUAGUUAUUUAGCACCUCGCAGACAUGCAACAUAUACUUAUUUUUAGGAAAGCGGUUGCGUCGUUUGCAACACUGUUUCUUUAAAUUCUACGAUUGAGGUGAUAUAGAGACCAUUGUACACAAAGAAAAGCAUAUUACGAGGAAGUGACACAACCCAGACAGCAGCAUAUGAACGUUACCUCUAGUCGAUAGCCUGUGGUCAUGAAUGAAUGCGGCAUGCCCUCAAAAUCAAUGCUUAAGAAGCACCAAAGUCACGGCAUCGCUUCUGGUAACAAGCAUUGAUGAAAAAAGUAAUGAAAUUGACUUGAAAUUUGGCAGUAAUAAUUCAGGAAGGAGAGAUAUUUGUGUAUUGCCAGUGUUUUAGUUUUGAUAUUUGUAUAUCUCCAAAAGCAAAACCAUCACCUAGUUCUUUGUUGUUGUUUUUCUACAAUCGCAGCAUGUUCUAGCUGCGCUGACAGUGACUCCAAAACAGCAUCUAAAAACACGGCUUCCUGAGUUUUACAUACGCCAAAAUGCAGGAGACAGCAACGAAGUAUUAAAUGGCAAGAAAAGGCCACUGCGCGUACGAAACCACCAAAGGGGCUGGCAAAAGUCGUUUACGUGCCUUAAGUUCUAUUGGCCCUUGCACAUAAACGACAUUGUUAUAGCCCAGAUUGAAACGAGAUUGUUCUCUAAUACAGAGAGUUAGUGCAGCUGAAAACAUUAGUAUCCUGCGCGAAUAGCCCACUGUGGAAGCCAGUAGACACUCUAAUCGUUAUACAACCUUUUCUGCUUUUUGCGAAGUGUUUUACAUGACUGAACUAAGACAGCAUUUUGUACAUGAGUGUGUUUCUUGAGGAAAGCUAUACAGCAGAAGGUGGGAUGGGGCGCGUAAGUCUCUCCACUUUUGCGCGUGUGUUCCUAAACAUUAACCAUUACACUGACUGAACAGUAAUCUACGUGAGCGUUGUCAAAACCUGUGUGUGUGUUUUGUGCGUCUUGAGCUGGAGGAGUUAAUCGUAGACAGCAGCCUGUUUGUUAGCCAUAGUCAACAUUUCUCGGCUACGCACUUUUGCUUUGCUUUAUUCUAUCGAAUACGUGCCAAAUAAUAUCAACGCUGUUUUUUCAGUAGCAGGUGAUUGCUUUAUGGUGUGCACAACCGUCUGCGACAAUCAGGGAGACACUUAGGACGGAACACUAUUGAGCCGAUAAAUCCUUAUCAGUAUUUCGUUCCUAUCGCUGAUUUUUACUAACUAGCAUGCAAUCCCUGCUUACCAAACAAACCAACUGCACGUAACUUUUAACGUAUGGUUGAAAUUAUGAAAUGGCACCUACGUAAUAAUCAAUAAAGAGGUGAGCGUUUGAAUGAAAAGUUUAAUUCCACUCGCCCGAUACUCGUUACACAUUCGGCCCACGCUCACUUCAACUCCUUAUUAACAGCUGCCUGGAGCUAAGAAAAAUACAGACCCGUAACUUGAGCGAGAGAGAGAUAACAUUCAGCUAAAAUAGACUAAUAUAGGUAAAACAAUUUUUCUUUUUGGCUACGCGUGUUAAUUUUCUCUUGCAGAAUAGAAAUCGUCAAGAAAGCGCAAAUCACUACUCCCGCCAUCCUUCUACAGUCCUCGCUUUCAGAAAAUUAACUCUACAUGGCAUAGUCCUCCCAAUUUAGCUGCAGUUUUUUUUCUUCUUUUUUGAUAGCAGGCGCAGUAACCUUUUGAAAUACUUGUUUUUGCUUCAACACAUAUAAACGACAUGUCGUCUAUGAAAUCCCUCUUGGUAUUUAUAAGUGACAUUAUCACACAUUAGACAAGCAUGCUUAUUGGCGAUCUGAUUAAUUUUGAUUGAAGCAUUCAUAAAAACUGGCAAUGAGUGAGAUGAAAUGUGCUAAAAAGCAGUUGCAUUAGUCUGGCGCACGCUUGGCCGAGAAAGUUCGCUUGGUGUGUGGAUGUGUAUGUCUGUGUCCGUGCUCUGUUUGGUUUCGACGUUUUCGUUUUUUGAGUGUGAUAGUAGGUCACCGUAGAAGUGAGUAAACGCCAACACGUAAAGCAAUAUUGAUCCUUUAGUCAUUUAGGAAUUCAAUGUCUGUAACUCGUGCUUUACUGUGUAAUAAACAUCUCUUUUAUGCGAAAGGUC